CAGCAGACAAAGUCAAUCAUCCGAUCAGGGCCCCCGCUCAGUCGCUCCUCGCCCUUUUUUCCUCUACUCAUUCUCUUGUUAUACUUACUUUUGCAUAUAUGUAUAUGUGUAUAUAAUACUUGCAUAUUUGAUUUUGAUGUAUAUGUGUGUGUUUGUCCACGUGUUUGGUCUUUUGCAGUAGACUUGUUAGUUGUUCUCUGAAAUGUCGAUAACAUGCGAUUCACUGCAGUGUUGUGAUGUGAUGACCAGGCCAAUUCCAGCUCAGUUUCGAUUUUGACGGCAUCGGCGACGUUAAGUGUUAUAACUUUGAGCAAUAAUUAUACUCUUACUGAACCCAAACAAGGAAUUGCAGUACUCUUUGAAUUGAUCGAAUUAUUUUUAAUCAAUACAAAAAUAGUCAUUUCACGUCCGGAAGCAUUAAAAAAUAUGUACUAUGUUUCAAUAAGUCACUGACACAUAUAUACUUAAUCAAGUAUAACAAGUUUUAAGUUCUCAGACUCAAUAUAUAUAUAAAGUGGAAAUUGUACGAGCUAUGCGCUUAUUGGGACUGACAGUUUUUGUCACUGUACUCAUUUGCUACGUUUCAUUGAUUGAAACUUUUCGUUUUAGAGGAAAACAAAGAUCACCUGUUAUUUUCAUUCCAGGUGAUGGUGGUAAUCAGUUGGAGGCGUCACUCAAUAAAACUACAGCUGUUCAUUACCUUUGCGAAAAAGUAUCCAAUGGAUUCUUCAAUAUUUGGCUAAAUUUGGAACUUUUGGUUCCAAUUAUUAUAGAUUGUUGGAUUGACAAUAUGAAGCUCAUUUAUGACAAUGAAACACGAGAAACAAAAAAUCCUGAUGGUGUAGACAUCAGAGUAGCAGGUUGGGGUGACCCUUUUGUAGUGGAGUACUUAGAUCCCAGCCGAGCAUCCCCUGGCUCUUAUUUCAAUAACAUUGGGAACAUGCUUGUAACUAAACUGGGCUAUGUACGAAAUGUUUCCUUAAAAGGUGCACCUUACGAUUUCAGAAAAGGACCAAAUGAAAAUGAAGAAUAUUUCAUCCUUCUGAAAGCUCUCAUUGAAGAAACUUAUACAAACAAUAACAAUUCAGCUGUUACAUUAAUAGCUCAUAGCAUGGGAGGACCAAUGUCAUUAUUAUUUUUACAGCGUCAAACACAAUUGUGGAAAAAUAAAUACAUUAGUUCUUUGAUAACACUUGCUGGUGCUUGGGGAGGAUCUGUAAAGGCUCUUAAAGUAUUUGCCAUUGGAGAUGAUUUGGGCGCAUUGCUACUGAGAGGAAAAAUUCUAAAAGACCAGCAAAUAACUAGUCCAAGUUUGGGUUGGUUACUGCCAUCAAAAUUAUUUUGGAAGAAUGAUGAGGUGCUUGUAGAAACUCAGCUGAAAAAUUAUACAUUUGCUGAUAUGAGAGAAUAUUUAAUAGAUAUCAAUGUGCCAAAUGCUUGGGAGUUUCGAAAAGAUAACGAGAAAUACCAACUAGAUUUUAGGGCACCAGGAGUAGAGUUACAUUGUUUGCAUGGAGAAAAAGUACAAACUGUUGAAAAAUUGCUGUAUAAAGCUGGAGUAGCGAUCGAUGGUUCUCCAGAAUUAGUUCCUGGAGACGGAGACGGCACUGUUAAUCAAAGAAGCUUGGAAGGUUGCACUCAUUGGAAAGGACAACAAAAACAGAAAAUUUACCAUCAACCGUUUCCUGGAGUGGACCAUAUGAAAAUUUUAAGUGACGCGGGUGUUAUUGAUUACGUUAGAAAAGUUCUAGAUUUUAAUUAAGUGGCACAUGUUACCAUGCAAUUUUUUUUGCAAAAGGCUGUAAUGACUUGGAAUUUUUUUUCACUGUGUAAUGAUUCUUUAAGACUUGGUGUACAUAAAUUUUACGUUUGGUGUUAAGAAAAAUUAACAAUCCAGCAUACAACGAUAAAGAUGUAUUCCAUGAAAAAAAGGGGUAUCCUCGUGACAUGUAAUACCCUUGCAAUUUAUUUUAAACGUUUUAGCAUUUUUUGUAUAUACAGUUUACCUGAACAGCAAAUGUAUUUCUUAACCGAAAAGUAGUGCGUUACGUUAUGAUUGUAGAAAAUUGUUCCUACCUGUAAAAAGAAACUAAAGUUUAGUAUAAUGUACGCAAUAAUAUGUUUUUACGAAAACAAAUUUUUAAUAAACAAUAAAUACUUUUA